UUCACUACUAGAUCUACUUACUAUUACUACAGCACAUCAAAAUGACAGCUUCAGUGGGGAAAGUUGUCACCAGUGUUUUUCGUCCGCUGCUGUUUAAAAACAAAGUUGCGAUUAUUACCGGAGGAGCGACUGGAAUAGGAAAAGCAAUAACACAAGAGCUUCUCUAUCUUGGCUGCAAUGUGAUGAUAGCGUCUAGAAAAGUGGACAGUCUUGAGAAGGCAGAGACAGAACUACAGGCAUGGCUGAGGAGACACGGACGGAGUGAGUCACAGCUGCAGACGGUGCCGUGCAACAUCCGGAAAGAACAAGAAGUUCAGAAUUUGAUUUCCUCUACUUUGGACAAGUUCGGCCAACUGGACUUUGUGGUCAACAAUGGUGGUGGUCAGUUCCUGAGUCCGGCGAGAGAUAUAUCCACGAAAGGCUGGCAGGCCGUGAUUGAGACAAACCUCACGGGCACGUUCCUCAUGUGUCGUGAAGCCUAUACUCAGUGGAUGGAGGACAACGGUGGAGCUGUCGUAAACAUCAUCGCUAACAUGUGGAAUGGAUUUCCAUUUGUGAGCCACACUGGCGCUGCCCGAUCGGCCGUGGACAACCUCACCAAAAGCCUGGCAAUAGAGUGGGUGCACAGUGGAGUCCGCAUCAACGCAGUAGCUCCGGGGACUAUUUACUCCACUACAGCCUCGGCAAAUUAUGAAUAUGACGUGUUUGCGGAAACGGAGAAACUUCAGCCGUAUCGAAGACAUGGUUCCGUAGAAGAGGUUUCUGGAGCGGUGUGUUUCCUGCUGUCUCCCGCCGCGAGGUUCGUCACCGGUGCCACAUUGCGCGUGGACGCCGCUCAGAGCUUGUACAAUUGUCCCACUCUUGUCGUGCCAGAGCACGACAAGAUGCCAGUGUACACCUGGGAGACUGACGUACAAGAGCAAAGCGACAACUCUCACGACAGUUCGUGAACUUCUAGAAUAUUGUUACAUGACAGUUCGUGAACUUCUAGAAUAUUGUUACAUGACAGUUCGUGAACUUCUAGAAUAUUGUUCCAUGACAGUUUGUGAACUUCUAGAAUAUUGUUACAUGACAGAGGAUGUGUAUGAUGGUUCAUAUGACAUGAUUAGAUGUGUAUGGUGGUUCGUGUGACAUGAUUAGAUGUAUUGUGUAUGGUGGUUCAUUUGACAUGACAGAGGAUGGAAAUGGUGGUUCAUGUGACAUGAUUAGAUGUGUAUGGUGGUUCGUGUGACAUGAUUAGAUGUGUAUGGUGGUUCGUGUGACAUGAUUAGAUGUGUAUGGUGGUUCGUGUGACAUGAUUAGAUGUGUAUGGUGGUUUAUGUUACAUGACCAAAGAAAUGUGUGGUUCAUAUGGCAUGGUUAGUUGUGUGUGAUGAUUUGUAUGAUGGGAUGUGUUAAAUGUUUUUUUUUUUUUUUAAAUGUAGAUAUAAAUUUUUACACCUAUCGUCACAAUUUAUAUUCAGUUAGUUAGCGGGCUUCUGACUAUGCCUGUCAGGGCCAACCUGGGCUGAGAUGGAUACAACAUCCCAGCAGAAAGACUAAGAUACUCAAUAAAAAUUUACUCCCCACUCGCGAA